UAGGAAUGAGACGCCUAGGACUCGAGGGAGGAAGGGGAGGGGCCAACAGAGCGCAGCUGUGGCACUUCUCCUGCUGAGGUAGGAGUGUCCCAGUGGGCUGUUGGCCUAGAGAGACCCAAGUGGCCCGCCCGUCCGCAGGCCGCAGGCAGGCCAAGCGAAGGGGAUGUGGUGGAAGAUGCGCUGUUAUGCCGCAUAGGGAAAAGGAGGGAGGAGGGGAUGAGAUCUCCAGGAUCCGAGGGAGAAGAUACGCAUUGUGCGUGAGAUGUCGUAAUGUGAGACUCCGCACCUCAAUCACAAAGAUGUGAGGAAGGGGGACAUAGAUGUGUGCGAAGGGGGAGGGAUGGGAACAGAGAAAAGAGGAACAGCUGUUUUUUUGGAAGCAGCGUGUAACACUGUAUAGCGGGGCAGUACACUACUUUGCUUUGUUCCGGGGAUCACUUUACAAACAUCAUUAAACGCAAAACUCUUAAUGGGGGCCGCCUGCUGCCUGCUUAGCCUGGGGCCAGACUAGCCGCUCCCAUCUGAAUACUGCAUGCGAACACAACACUCCGCGGCAGCUGCCGGCCGCCAGCGCUUCCGCCAGCGCCAGCCCAGAGCCUAAUGCGUGGCGCGCCUUGUUUCCACAGUCUCGCGGGGGCUGGACGUGCCCUACUCCGGCCUGCACCUGCUCGCCGGCCUGGAGGCCGUGGAGAUCCAGCAGACGGUGGAGCUCGACGACCUGCUGUCGUCGGUCGAGUCCGAGAACCGGUACGUGGUGAAGUCGGCGCAAGGCGACACGCUGCUCGUGGCGGCCGAGACGUCGCCGCAGUGGCAGCGGCAGUGCGUGGGGUCGUCGCGGGGGCUGCGGAUGCGCGUGUACGACCCGAGCCGGCAGGAGUCGCUGCACCUGAGCCGGCGCCUGGCGUGUGGCGGCGGCCCGCUGGGGCUGCUGGGCUGCUGCUGCUGCUACAUGCAGAGGCUCGACGUGCUGCUGCCGCCCGGCCGGCCCCUCGGCGCCGUCGCCCAGGAGUGGGCCUGGCUCGCACCCGAGCUGUCCGUGCGCGACAGCGCCGGCAACGUCAUCUACCGCGUCGUCGGGCCCGUGAUGCGGCCCUGGGAGUGCACCGUUCGAGAGGCCGUCUUCAAGAUCACGAGUCGCGACGGCCUCGUGGAGCUGGGCGCCAUCUCCCACCAGUGGAAGCCGUCGGUGUCGUCGCUCGUCACGCGGAUCAUCUUCCCCAGCGCCGAGCUCAACGUGCACCACAAGGCGCUCAUCCUGUCGGCCGCCUUCUUACUGGAAUACAUGUUCUUCGAAAGCGCGAAGAAGAGGUCUUGUCUGCCCUGCUGCUGACGGACGGGAGCGGGCGAAGGGCGGCCUGACCUGCACGACGCCGGCGGCACUCUGCUACUCCCCCGCGCCAACUUGUGGACUUCUGAUUGGAACCCGAGAUGCCUGACGAUUCGGCAGUCGUGUCAAACCAUGCUCUGUGAUGUAAAUUUUAUGUAUAUUUCAAUUAAAACAAUUCUAUUAAUA